CUUCUAGUCUUUCCGGUUAGCGAAAAUGGCUCAAGGUUCAAAGAAGUUUAAAACUCAGCGGCCAGGAGCCGAUAAAAAAGCACAUCAUACCAAACCGAAAGGACUGAGGAAAGGAGGAAGGGCCAUUGCACCUAAAAAGGCUCACGUCGUUGAGCAACAGAAGCUGAAGAAGGUUCUUGAGAUUGCCAUCAGGAACAACAUUGAGAAGGAGGUGACCCAGAAGGCCAGCUUAACCCUCCACAAGCCACUGAGCUUGGUCAAAGGAGCCGAACGUAAACGCAAGCCCGGAGAAGGCAUUCCAGGAACCAGCUCCAGAUAGGCUUUGAUACCCAGACCCGAGGUUGAGCGGGUCCAAACCGCCGGUCUUAGUCAUGGGAUCAGGGAUCUACAACUCUUCCUAUGACUCAUAUUUAAGAUAAACAUGUCGUAAAUGUAGAGUAAAAAACUAAGAAUCUUAAACCUGCCGCUGUCAAGAAUCCUUUGAGAGGUUCAUCACACUUUGCAGGUGUACAUUCCAGCCAUCACUGAUAAUUUCUGGAAAUAUUUAAAUGUUUUUUUUUAAUAGAAAAACAGACUUCAGCUCAAUUAAGGCUCAGAGAUUAUGUUGACAAUCUUAGGUGACGAAAUAAAGAUUAAAAUAAAUGACACUGUUUAACGUUGACCAUCACAGUGUGAAAUAAAGUUUUACUGAAAAUGCA